AAACGCCCUCUCGGCCUCUCUUCAUCUGCCGCGCACUCCGGGAAGGACCAUCCUCGCUCGGUAUGCAGCUGCCCUCUAGGACCCCGCGGGUCGUGUCGCUGGCAGGCUGGCUCUUGCUGCUUCUGGGGCACGUCUGUCCCCAGGCGGCCAGGAAAGACAACAGCGAGAUCUGCUUGCAGCCACCUCUUAAAGGACCCUGCCGGGCUAUUCAUGAAAGGUGGUUUUAUGACCGAUACACGCAGACUUGUGAGAAGUUUACCUACGGCGGUUGUGAGGGGAAUGCCAAUAACUUUCUAAGUGAGGAAGAUUGUGAGAAAACUUGCUGGAUGAUCAGAAAAGUUCCCAAAAUAUGCCGACUGGAAUCUGACGAAGGGAUGUGCAGAGCUUUAAUACCGAAAUACUUCUUCAACCUCAGUUCAAUGGCCUGUGAGAAAUUUUACUACGGAGGAUGUCUUGGGAAUGAUAACCGAUUUGACAGUAAAGAUUCCUGUAUGGACUUCUGCCUUCCUCAGACAAAUGGACCCUCAUUUUGCUAUAGCCCUAAAGAUGAAGGGACAUGUUCAGGUUCAGUAACUCGCUUUUACUACAACAGAAAAACAAAAACCUGUGAAAAAUUCAUCUAUACUGGAUGCGGAGGAAACGAAAACAAUUUUGCAAGGAUGAAAGAUUGUAUCAAAAUCUGUAAGAAAGCAGGGAAGAAAUCAAAACGCCGGACAUGAAGAAGAGGUGUUUUCAACAACAGUCAGAUGGAAUGCCACCUACUGUCUUUACUCUGAAGAAGUCAACUUAAUUUAUAAUUUUGAUAAUAUAUAAUUUUCCUGUAUGAUCAAUUGUUGAAUGUUGCAAACCAGAUUCAGUCAUGGUAAUCUUCAUGUAACUCAUCGUUCCAGACUAGACCUUGUGUGAGAUCUUCUCGAGGAGCAAGGCUCAAAUAUCCAGCAUCUGGGUAGCUGAACCUCAUUCAGAGAUCUUGGUUGGCACAAGUGGACUCCAUAUAUUAUGCUCCACACACAUGUGCACCUUUCUCCACCACCCUCUGAAUGAUGGGAGCUGUCUUCUCACCAUGCUGUUAUACAGGGAAUGAAAUCUUUGCUCUUGUCUUUCUGUCUUAACAUGUCAUUAGGGCAUGUGGAAAAGAUGUCACAGCAAAGUAAAUGGACAAUAGAAAUCCGGCACAACUAUUUGUUUGACUUUAUACAGUCAGAUAUCGUGGCGUCAAUCAACAAGGGAACAACAUGGGAAGAAAAAUCCAUGGAAAUAAAGACCAGAUGGAAGA